AUAAACUCGGCAGUCAAUAAAAACUUUUUGAAGCCUCGACAUGUUUUCUGGAAUCGUAUAUUUGAGCUGUCUUUUCGCUUUUGUACUAAUUUUUAAGCCGAUUGCAGGUAAAAACGAAGCUACCCAAACCUUGUUGGAUUGUGCGAAUGAAUCAGAUUUCGAGCUGACCGAGUUUCCGUUGAUAACUGCAAAUCGGUAUAUUGAUGCUGAUAAUUCCUUUAAAUGCUUUGUAACCUGCAUCUAUAAAAAAGCAAAGAUAAUGGAUGAAGCAGGCUUCCAUGAGGAACAAUUUGUAAUGGUUAACAAAUUAGCCAAACCGGAAACUGUACGCCCAAUUUAUUCCAUUUGCCUAGCAAAAACUAAAGAGAAGAUUGCAGAAAAAACAGAAAGCGAGGAAGAAAUAAAUGACUGUGAAAAAGGAUUUAUUUUCUAUACUUGCGUUGCCAAUUAUACCAGUUUACUUAUUGGCUAG